AUGAACAAAGAGGGACUUGCUGAUCGCCAGCCGUCUGCCUCUCAGACCAUUCCGUCUCCUGAUCCAGCAACACACCCGCCAACUCAAAACAGCCCAUUAAAGGCAGAUCCGACUCCUUACGGCCAGGCGUACUCUGAGCGGAAUCCCCCGACGAAUAUUCAAGCAUUUCACAAUGAAAGACAAAAGGUCCUGGAAGCGUCUAAACGGUAUCUUGAGUCUGAUCAAACAUGGAUCAGAAAACCUCGACAGGACAAGCAUGAGUACAAGCAAGAGGAAAAUGCGCUGGCAAUGGACGAUACACCAAAGGCCGGGCAAACUAAUGAUGUGCCAAUUGGAGGGGAAAAGUCCAAUGUCCUGUUCCAUCCAACUCCGGAGCCCAACUUUGAGCGGGUGUUUGAUUCCAAUGAGAACCCUCUGAUGAUGGUGUCGUACACAGUGUUUGGGGUCAUUGUCUUUCUUGACUGGCUCUUCAUCGGUGGCGGGCUCAAGGGAUUUGUGAAAUCUCUCUUUCCGGCCGGUGGUGUGGCGGCGGCUGUCUAUUUCAUCUUGCAAACGGUAGGGGAAAAUGUGGCCAGUCAUAAGAUUGACGAAGCAGAGCAAAAGACUGAGAAGUUACGAUACGUACCAGAAUCGGUAGAGUGGAUGAACAGCUUGGUAGAAACUCUAUGGGGAACGCUUCAGCAGGAAUUCUUCGACAGCAUUGCAGCCCAGGUCAACGAGGCAAUCAAGCCAUAUAUUCCGAAGAGUGCACCCGUCUCUGUGCGCAUUACCAGCCUCGGACAUGGAAACCAGCCAGCCCGGGUCCUUUCGAUGCGGUCCCUUCCCGAUUCUGAAUUUGGGGAACUGGUGCCUUCUCACGGAACCCGCACCUCGCUAUCAGCCGGUGAAGCCAAGGAGCGAGAGAAAGCCAUUGAAAGGGAGGAAGGUGGUGUAUUUUACAACCUGGAGAUUGCCAUGGCGUAUCAUCAAUCUCCCUUGCGAUCGCGAAAGGAUCACAUGCACGCCGACAUACUGGUGAGGCUAGGCCCGGUGCCUCUGCCAGUCUUUGUGCAGGUCAAGGAAUUUUUCGCCGUGAUCCGGGUGCGGUUGCAGAUGCACCCCGACUUGCCGUUUUUGAAAAUGGCUACGUUUGCCUUGACUGAGCAUCCGAAAAUAAAUGCCUGUGUAUCGAUUGGCGCGCCAUGGGCAUUCGACUUGCUGAACCUGCCCAUUAUUGAUUCUGUUUUGAAUUCGCAGAUCAACGCAGCCAUGACUGAUUUUGUUCAGCCAAAGUCGACGAGUCUGGAUAUGACAGCCUAUAUUGGAGGGUCAGACGAGAAGGAAGAGACGGAGGCCAUCGGUGUUCUCGUGGUCAAGAUCCAUCGAGCUCGCAAUCUAGCUCGUCAAGAUACGAGAGGACCAGGGGCAGACCCUUACUUGACAAUUGCGUUCAGCCAGUACGAAAAACCCAUGUACGCAUCUAGAAUCAUCAAAGGGGACAGAAAUCCUGUGUGGGAAGAGUCGGCAAACAUCAUGAUCCGGACAGAACAUGUCAAGCGCCAAGAGAACGUGCUACUUAGAUUAUGGGAUUCCGACACCACUGGAUCUGACGACGUCUCUGGCAUUUGCGAGUUUCCCUUGCAGGAACUUAUCCUACACAGCAGCGAGAUGCACAAACGAGAGGACCGCCUCCAAGGCGACACAGCAGGUACCGAUGCCGAAGGCGUGCUUGAAUGGGAGAUUGGCUACUUUCCGCGGGAAGAGUUCGAGAAAAAGCCAAGACCAGACGGCCCAGGUCGUCGCGAUCAUGAUGGCGAACAGCAAAAGGCGUCUGAGGAGAUGGCUGUUCAAAAUGCGCAAAAUACGGUGCCCAACCCAGGGUUCCCGACGGGAAUACUCGGGUUGACCAUACACCAGUGCCUCAACGUGGAAGUAGAAAAUCCGCACAAGCAAUCCCUGGGGUAUGUCAAGGUGCUCGGUCAAGACUGGGAUGGUGACGACGAUGCAGAAGCAGAGACGGUCAGCAUCGACUACAUUCCGUCGCUGUAUGUCGCUGCGGAUGUGAAUGACAAGCUGGCUUAUAGAACUCGGGUCAAGUCCAUUUCCAACAGUCCAGUUUUCAAUUCCAGCACGGAGACUUGUAUUCGGGACUGGCGUGCGGCCAGAGUGACGCUGUCUGUAUGGGACACGAGAAAACGCUCCGACGACUGUCUUGUUGGCGUGGUCGCUCUAAAACUGCCAGAAGUUUUCCAUGAAUCCUCCUCGGUUGUCAAGUACUAUGACCUCAAUGGCGGUGCCGGAAAGGGCCGCAUCCGAGUUGGCAUGAUCUUCCGAUCAGUGGGCGUCCAGUUGGAAAAGCCGCUCCUGGGUUAUGAUGUCGGCACGUUUGCCAUUACGUCGCCCAUUUUUUGCAUUGGGCACGGCAUCAACACCAGGAAACUCACGUUGCGCACGGGCGGAUCGCGCAGAGUAGUCAAAGGAGGAGAGCGGUCAGAGGGAGGCUACUCCUGGACGCUCGACAAGAAACAGUCAUUACUUCCCGUCCACUACAGAUACAUGUCGCCACUGGUGCUCGAGUUUGCCGGAAUCACGGAGGUGGCGCCUGGGCCACUGAGCAAAAUGGCAAACAAGAACAAGCACUACGCCAUCAUCUGGCUAUCUAGCGUGAUUGACGACCAAACACAACAGUUUACGCUGCCCGUCUUCAAGACCAACAACCCGACCCGUCUGCUCCAGAACGCAGUUUCCGAGUCGGACGACGCCAUGAAGUUGGAAAAAGUCGGGGAAGCGAGGUUUACAGGAUGCUUCAAGCCUGGUCUGGACGAGAGCCAUGAGGAGUUUGUAGGGAAAGGAAAUGGAAACGCAAGCUAUGACCAGUGGAGUUCGUAUCGCAGCUGGGAGGCGGCGCGUAAGUCGGGGUCGUAA